CGUCACCAACAAGUCGUCAUAGUAGAUGUGGUAGAUGUAGUAGCACUUCUUUAAAUGCUGCGUCUGUGGGGUAAUUUUGGCCCCAUUCGUUCCGUAAGUCCUGAACGGUCGGGAGUUUCUACGUAUUAAAUGACGCUAUAUGUGAUUUUCCGUUCCCUGUAAUCUUUGGCUUUGGACCACCCAACACUCGUAAAAUUUUACCUGUAUUUUGGAUCAAACUCGGAAGCUCGGAAGAAUGCUGGCAGUUAAGUCCGUCCUACAUUUGAAGUGACAACCUUAAGACCCUUAAGAUAAUCGUAAUUGACGGCGCUAAGAGCAAUGAAGACUAAAAUGAUUAUGCUGUAGGAAGCACGUAAAGGGAAGCCGUCGUGGUUUAUUUCCAAAUUCAAGUCCUGUAUUAACAUGGAUGGGCAAAGGAAGGUCAUGAAGGUCAUGAACAUCAUGAAACGCUUCCGCAAAGUGUUGGACCUGAGCAAUUGUUCUCAGUUAUAUACACUUGCAGAAUUAUGAAGCAAUAUCGCUUGGAUUCCUUUAAGUGAGUUUCUUACACUAUUAUGUGUGAACAAAAGAAUCUGCAGUCUCUCACAGCAAGAGUAGCAACAGAUAUAGCAAAAACAGUUGAGAAACUAUUUCCUGCUGUUGAAGAAGGCUUGUUUAUAAUUUUACAGCUGAACAUUGAUAUUAUCAAAGUAGAAAAUGAUGCUAUUCAAAAUGAAGAAGAUCCCAUUGGCAUGGUGACUGAAGAGGUUCACAUACCAUUACCAUUUUGUGUACAAGAGGCUGAGCCCAAGCCAAACAUAGACAUAAUCAAAGCAGAAAAUGCUGAUAUUCAAGGUCAAGUUCCCAUUAGCAUGGAAACUGAAGAGGUUUACUUACCAUCACCAUUCUCUGUGAAAAAGGUUGAACCCAAGAACUGCAAGGAUUUGCUGAAAGUUGAACCUGAUUUAUGUAGUGAAACAUGUGUAACAUCUCAUGAUGGAAACGAGGUCAUCGGUGUACAGGUUGAGGCCACAGAUGAACAACAUGAGGAGGAUCCUCUGCUAAUAUCAUUUCCAGUAAUAAAGCCUGAACAUGAGAUUAUUCCAAAUGAACAUCAGCUCAGACAUAUUGGGUGCCAUGAAUCUUUUACUCUUCAAACUGCAUUUAAGACUCAUGUGUGCAUGCAGAGUGAUCAUUCAUAUUUUUGUGAUAUGUGUAAUGAGCCAUUUAGUGAACAGAGUAACCUGAACAAACACAAACACAUACAUAAAGGUAAGCACCCAUUUGUCUGCGAUGUAUGUAACAAAUCAUUCAGUGAUAAGAGUCAUCUGAAGAAUCAUCAACGUAUACAUAGUGGUGAACGUCCAUUUGUCUGUGAUGUGUGUAAUAAGUCGUUCAUUCAGAAGAGUCAUCUGUAUACACACAAACGUGCACAUAGUGGGGAGCCUCUGCGUCCAUUUUCCUGUGGGGUAUGUAACAAAUCAUUCAGUUGUAAAAGUCACUUGAAGGAUCAUCUUCGCAUACAUAGUGGCGAGCAACCAUUUGUCUGUGAUGUAUGUAAUAAGUCAUUCAUUCAAAAGAGCAAUCUGCGUAUACAUGUACGUGUACAUAGUGGAGAGCGCCCAUUUUCCUGCGGACUGUGUAACAAAUCAUACAGCGAUAAAUGUCGUUUGAGGAGACAUCAGCGUGUACACACAGGGGAGUGUCACUAUUCAUGUGAUAUGUGUAAUAAAUCAUUUAUUCAGAAGUACACUCUGAAGAGACAUCAACGCAUACACAGUGGGGAGCGCCCAUAUUCCUGUGGUGAGUGUAAGAAAUCAUUUAGUGAACAGAGUAAGCUAAAAAGACAUCUUCAUAUACAUAAUGCAGAAAAACGUUCCUGAAAAAUGUCAUUGAAGAAUCAAACCAACCUAAACACCUGUCAGUGCACAGAUACUGGAGAGGGUUUAGAUUUGUGUGACAUGUGUACCAGAUCAAGUGGAAGCCACUUUGACCUGAUUGAACAUAGGGGAGAUUAUACAUAUUCCUACCAUUUAUAAGGAUAUGUUCAUGCAUAAUGUACACAAGAAUAUCUGGGGGAAUGAUGUGAAUAUAUUGUGAGUAUACACUAAUUAACAGGUUGCCAAAUUCCAAAUUCAAAAAUUCAUUUUUGCUCAGGGCUUUUACUCAUGUUUUAUUGACCAAACACUGUAAUUUUUUAAGUAAUGUAACUUGUAUGUUUAAAACUGAUGUAAUUCUGAGAUUCUGGUUAUGCAAGUAAUAUUGUAUAAUUUUGUAUUACAAUAAACGUGCACCACAACACAGGGCACUUCAAAUCAUUCAUUCACUCAUACUGUGUCUGCAAGUGAUUUACAGGAAUUGGCAAACAGGACAGUGGCCUCAGACAGGAUUUAAUUUUCAUCCCAGAUCUGAGAUAGAUUAGUUCCAUGUGAUUAAGUUGGUGCUGCUGAGAAGUACAUGUAUAAUUUAAGUGUUCUGUUUGUUAGUGGGUGUACAAACAAUAAGCUGUAAA